AUGUCCCAAGAGGUACCCGAUAUCCUGGACGACGACUCGCAGGCCGCCGGGCAGUCGGCGCCCUCCAAGUCGAGCGGCCACUUUGGCUCCUACAAGGUCUACCACACGCUCGGCGUCGGCGAGUUCGCAAAGGUCAAGUACGCUGUCCAUGCCGAGACCAAGAAGGAGGUCGCCAUCAAGCUCAUCAAGAAGGAGAACAUCAAGACCGCCACGCAGCAUGCCAAACUGAUCAGAGAGAUAGCCGUGAUGAAGGAGCUGUCGCACCCCUAUGUCAUCAAGCUGCUGGAGGUCAUUGAAACCGAUCGGUACAUUGGCCUGGUCAUGGAGUAUGCUGCAGGCGGGGAGCUCUUCAGCGUUAUCCUGGCCCGGGGCCGCCUACGAGAGUCUGCAGCCGCCAAGCUCUUUGCCCAGCUGAUAUGCGGUGUCCGAUAUCUCCAUGGCCGCCAUAUCAUUCACCGAGACCUGAAGCUGGAGAAUCUCUUGCUGGACAAAGACAGAAACAUCAUCAUCUCCGACUUUGGGUUUGCAAACCAGACCAACGCUCGCGAGAACAAUCUGUUGAGCACAGCAUGCGGAAGCCCGUGCUAUGCCGCCCCGGAACUCGUCGUCAGCGGGGAAUCCUAUGUUGGCGAGGCCGCCGACCUCUGGAGCUGUGGAGUCAUCCUGUAUGCCAUGAUCUGUGGGUGCCUGCCUUUCGAGGAUGACCCCAACAACCCCGAGGGAUCCCACAUCGGUAUGCUCUAUGCUUACAUCAUGGAGACCGAGGUCCGCUUCCCCGAGUUUGUGAGCGAGAGCGCCAAGGAUCUGAUGCGUCGGAUACUGGUGCCUGAUCCGGUGAAGCGCGCAAAGAUCGACGAAAUCAUCGGCCACAAAUGGCUUGCCAAGUACGCGUCCAUGUUUGCCCAAGGGUCACCAACAGCUCUGGCCGCGGCAAUCUCGCCGGUCUCGCCGCUGGUGUCGCCCGUGCCACCGGUCGAUAGAGUCGUCACUGCCUCCAGCUUUGGGGACAAACCCAAAUCGACAUCCGAUAACUCCCAUCCUAUGACCGACCGGACUCCGAGCACCGUCCAAACACUCGAAACGCCCAUCUCGAUCAAGAGCAUGCCCACACCCAGCAUUGCCAAGGAAGCUGGCGUACACAUCAGCCUUCCUGAUCAGCACGAGCUCGACCGGUCAAAAUCAAACAACCUGACCGUUCAGCGCAGUGCAUCCGCUCGUAUAGCAGGCGACCAAGCUCAGCCACGCUUCAUCACAUUCGGCCGGGCCUCUACACAGCGCGAGAGCCGUGUCCAGGGCUCGACCGAGACUACGCCCAAGCAGCGAUUCCUCAGCAUCAUCCAGAAACACGAAACGGGCACGGGUCGAUUCAGCUGGUUCAAAAAGUCAGACACUGAACCGUUCAUUGAUCUGCAGCGCGACAACUCGGUGGCGACGCUGAGCUCGAGUGGAACAUUGCCCCUGCCGGUUUCACGAGUAUCGCUGUUCGAACGGAAGCCCACGGUCAAGGUCAACGGCCAGCCACCGGUCCCGCCCCUGCCGCCGCUGCCGACACAUGUCAGCGCUGCAGCUCCAGCUCCAGCCAGAGCCGAUGUAGACCGAGCGCGUCUGCGAUACCACCGCGGGCCCAUCGACAAACGAGCCCUCACCACCAAAUCGCCCUCCCAGACCGUGGUGGAGUUGACGGCGACGCUCGAGAACCUUGGCAUGUCGAUUCAGACCCGAAAACUUGAUCAGUUCAAGAUCCAAGUUGUUUGGAAGGCCGAGCGCGCGCGUAGCGACGAUGUCACACUCCAGAUGCCUUCGACCGACUCGAGCGAGUGCAUCCCCUCGCUGCGGAAGCCUGAGGACGCACGCGCGGUCCUGAGCACGUCCAAGGCAGCAAGAGCCAUGGCAAACUUUCCGAGCUCGCUGGUUCAGGAGCUCAAGUACCGCAUCCGACUGGGGCCAAAUUGGAAUCGCGGCUUUGACGGCAGCGACCUCUACCUGAUGGCAGCGAUUGGCAACGCGACCAGCAACAGUCUCGCUGGGCCACCUCCUCCCACUGCAGACGAUGCCACAACGGCGAGCCAGCAGCAGGCCCUCCGGCGGUUCCUGACCUCUCUCACCGACGACGUUGAGUUCUCCGUGGAGAUCCAAAAGAUCAAGUACCUCAAGGAACUCUACCUGGUCGACUUCAAGCACAUCCGAGGCGACAUCUGGACAUUCAAGCGACUCUAUGAGGAGGUCAUCAAUCUCCUGCCUCUCAAGACCGACCAGCCCUAUUCCAUUUGA